AAGAAAGAAAGCUUGAUAUUGUACUUGGUACCAGACAUUUCGUUACAGAAAUAAUUUUCUUUCGACCGUCAAAAAAUUGUCCCAUUAAGGCUACCGUACACCAGGAAGUACGAGUCUGUAUUCAGUUUGCAGUUGUACGUGGAUGUCCGAUAGAUUUGAUGAACUCAUCAGCCAUCACACUGAAGUAACUGAAGUCAGUGUUGCCAACAAAGCAUCACCAUGUCUAGAAAGCAAUCAGGAAAGUCUGUACGUGGAAACAGGAAAUGUGAGCUUGAGAGGAAGAGAGGUGAACGUGCAGCCCGCAGAGCUUUGGCCAAAGAUCGAAAAAACCGACCACCAGGGGAGGAUGAAGGAGAGGAAUUUGUUAGUUUCUCCAACCAGCUCAAAGCACUUGGUCUAAAACUGAGAGAGGUUCCAGGAGAUGGAAACUGCUUGUUUCGUGCUUUGGCGGAUCAAUUGGAGGGACAUUCAAGAAAUCACUUGCGUUUACGUCACGAGACUGUUCAGUACAUGCAGUCUCACCGACAGGACUUUGAACCUUUUGUUGAGGACGAUGUGCCAUUCACGAAGCACGUGUCAGACCUUGCAGAGCCAGGCACCUUUGCAGGGAACGAUGCAAUAGUGGCCUUUGCUCGAAGUCAGCAGGUGAAAGUGGUCAUCCAUCAGCUGAAUGCUGCAUUGUGGGAGAUAAAUGGAUCAGAGAAGCCAUUAUGUCAGGAGCUUCAUAUAGCAUACCGUUACGGUGACCAUUAUGACAGUGUCCGGCAUCUGGGAGACAACUCUGAAAGCCCUGCCCAUCUGCGUAUUGCGAAUCUAAAUAAUUCAAGGCGGUUUGGUGAUGGUGAGAAGGGGAAACAGAAAGCCCCUCCCCCCAGCCACUCUCCUUCUGACGAUGAAGAUGUUAUCCUUAAUUCCCUAAAGACCGCCAGCGUGAACAAUCAAGAGAUAAAUCCAUGCCAAUCGAGUGCCGCCUCACAGAAGUGCCAUGCAGAAUGGCUUGAAGCUGAAUCAAGUAUUCUGUCAUCACCUUGUGAUAUUGGAAAAAGGAUACACCCUGAGAAUCAAAGUGACACCGUGUGUCCGCCUGAGACCGGUACCGCACACAAACCCAAGCUGUCUAAUAAACAAAGGAAAGAGCAGCAUCGUCUAGAGAAGAAGAAGAAGCAGGAGGAAAGACACAGACAGAAGGUUCUUCAAGGCAAAAGUUCACAUCACCAGGAUCAGAAUCUGCUUGGACCGGUUACACUUGUGCCAGCACUCAGCACUCUUAGCAUCUAAAAUAGUCAUGAACAAAUGUUCAAAACAAUUCUCUGCUGCUUUUUAUUUCGUUUUCCAAGUAUGACAAGAAAUGGGUCAUGUCUACAAUGUGCAUAUCUGGAGAAGUGCAUGGAGAUGGCCUAAACACUGCCAUCUUCACAGACAAUAAGAGGAAAUUCUCUCUUUAGGGUAAAGUCAUCAUGGUAUGUGCUAUGGAUGCCUUAGCUGAACUAUCAUAUCUUCAUUCUUUUUUUUAAGUACACUGUAUUAUUUAGAACCAAAGAACAGUCCAAACUGUCAAAUUUUGUUGUUGAUUAUGCUGGUGAAUUGAAAGAAAUAGUUCUUUCCUUUGAUUUAAAAUGUAUUAUUUUCUGAUUCUGUUCAAUGCUGCCAAUGUUUAUUGAAAUUUGUUGGGUUUUUGUUUGGUUAAUAUGUUUGCAUUCAUUUACAUAGGAUUUGCCAUCUUUAUAUUUUGAAACAGUUACAUAUUGAGAAUAUGGGCAUGCAUUCAGUAUUUCAUGUGAGAAAUAAUGAAUUGCACAUUAAUAAUCUGAAGAUUUGUUCUGUAAUUAUAGUUAAUUUUCCUGUUUGUGUUACACAAAGAAUGAGCAUCACAUUUUUAUACAGAAGUGGAAAUUUAUUUAUUUAAAAUUAAUAAUAAAGUUUGAGAGAGUCUUGUACAA